AUGGACGAGCGUUCAAGGCUCAAACGUGCCUUUGAAUGCUGGUGCGGUACACGCCCCGAUGCAGUCUGUCAGUCAAGCUGCGUGCGCCUUGCUGCCUCGCUCGACACUCUAGCACGUCGGCAGACUGUUCGACGAGAGCUGCCACGCCUUGGAUACGCUCGUGCAAUCUUGAGGCCACCCUCCCUGGUCACUCAUAGCUCGUCUGCCGCUCAGCACCUCGUGCAACAGCCGAACGAAUCAGCGGCGCAAAGCCACACAGCCAUCAUGUGGCUCACAGACCUACAAAAAAUCGGCGUGGGCAUCACGUCAUUUGGCAUGCUCUUCCUCUUCCUGGGCGUCAUCACCUUCUUCGACGCAGCCUUAUUAGCGCUGGGAGAUAUACUCUUUCUGAGUGGCAUCACGCUCGUCAUUGGCCCCAGGAAGACCUUUGCGUUUUUCGCGCGGCGGCAAAAGAUCAGAGGCACAAUCUGUUUCCUUGGCGGCAUCGUACUUGUCUUUUGCAAGUAUCCGUUUUGGGGCAUGCUCAUCGAAGCAUUCGGCUUCCUCAAUCUGUUUGGGGACUUUUUCCCGGUCGUUCUGACUUUCCUGAGGCAACUGCCCGUCAUUGGGCACUUCUUAUCGCUGCCCUAUGUACGGCAAGUCACAGAUCGCCUGACCGGCGCGCGGCAGUCCGCUGUAUGAUGCAGACUGUCUGUACAUUUGCCCGUAGUCCGCGAAUGGCCGAGAUCGCCGUCCGUGAGCGCUCGC